AUGGCCACCUACAAAGUCAGGGUGGCCACAGGCACUGACCUCUUUUCGGGAACAACAGACUCCAUCUCGCUGACCAUCGUGGGGACCCAAGGAGAGAGCCAGAAGCAGCUGCUGAACCACUUUGGGAGAGAUUUUGCAACCGGGGCAGUGGAUGAGUAUACUGUCCAGUGCCAGCAGGACCUGGGGGAGCUCAUCAUCAUCCGCCUGCACAAAGAGCGCUACUCCUUCUUCCCCAAGAGCCCCUGGUACUGCAGCUACGUGCAGAUCUGUGCCCCCAGCGGCCGCACCUACCACUUCCCCGCCUACCAGUGGAUGGAUGGCUAUGAGACCCUGGCGCUCCGGGAGGCGACAGGAAAGACAGCAGCGGAUGACACGCUCCCCAUCCUUCUGCAGCACAGACAAGAGGAGAUCAGAGCCAAGCAGGACUUCUACCACUGGAGGGUCUUUGUUCCUGGCCUCCCCAACUACGUGAACAUUCCCAGUUACCACCCUCCUGUCCGGCGGCACCGCAACCCCAAUCGGCCUGAGUGGAACGGCUACAUUCCAGGAUUCCCGAUUCUCAUCAACAUUAAGGCCACCAGGUUCCUGAACUCGAAUCUCCGCUUCUCCUUCCUCAAGACAGCCUCCUUUUUCUUACGCCUGGCCCCCAUGUCGCUGGCACUCAAAGUGCGCGGACUGCUGGACUGCAAGCAGCCGUGGAAGAGACUGAAGGACAUUAAGAAGAUUUUCCCUGCCACCAAGACUAUCAUCUCCGAGUACGUGGCUGAGCACUGGGCAGAGGACAGCUUCUUUGGGUACCAGUACCUCAAUGGCAUCAACCCAGGCUUGUUCCGCCGCUGCACGCGGAUCCCAGACAAGUUCCCCGUCACGGACGACAUGGUGUCCCCAUUCCUGGGUGAGGGAACGUGCCUGCAGGCAGAGCUGGAGAAGGGGAACAUUUACCUGGCAGACUACCGCAUCUUGGAAGGCAUCCCCACCAUCGAGCUCAACGGCCGGAAGCAGCACCACUGUGCCCCCCUCUGCCUGCUGCACUUCAGCCCCGAGGGCAACAUGAUGCCCAUCGCCAUCCAGCUCAGCCAGACCCCUGGGCCUAACUGCCCCAUCUUCCUGCCCAGCGAUUCAGAGUGGGACUGGCUGCUGGCCAAGACCUGGGUGCGCUAUGCUGAGUUCUACUGCCACGAGGCUAUCGCCCACCUGUUGGCAUCUCACCUCAUCGCUGAGGCCUUCUGCCUGGCCAUGCUGAGGCAGCUACCCAUGUGUCACCCCCUCUACAAGCUCCUUAUCCCCCAUACCCGAUACACGGUCCAGAUCAAUAGCAUCGGGCGGGCCCUCCUCCUCAAUGAAGGGGGGCUCUCUGCCAGGAGCAUGUCCCUGGGCCUGGAGGGCUUUGCUGAAGUGAUGGUGAGGGCUCUGUCGGAGAUCACCUAUGAAAGCCUCUACCUCCCCAAUGACUUCGUGGAGCGUGGGGUCCAGGAUCUGCCUGGCUAUUAUUACCGUGAUGAUAGCUUGGCAGUGUGGGAUGCACUGGAGAGGUAUGUGACAGAGAUCAUCACCUAUUAUUACCCGAGUGACACAGCUGUGGAGGGUGACCCGGAAUUGCAGUCCUGGGUGCAGGAGAUAUUCAAGGAGUGCCUCCUAGGGCGCGAAAGCUCAGGCUUCCCCACGUGCUUGCGAACGGUGCCUGAGCUCAUCCGAUAUGUCACCAUUGUCAUCUACACCUGCUCUGCCAGGCACGCAGCUGUCAACACAGGCCAGCUGGAAUACACCUCCUGGAUGCCCAACUUUCCAUCAUCCAUGCGAAACCCACCAAUGCAGGCCAAAGGGCUGACCACCCCGGAGACCUUCAUGGACACGCUGCCGGAUGUGAGGACCACGUGCAUUGUGCUGUUGGUGCUCUGGACGCUCAGCCGGGAGCCUGACGACAGGCGGCCCCUGGGCCACUUCCCGGACAUCCACUUCGUGGAGGAGGCCCCGCGGAGGAGCAUGGAGGCCUUCCGCCAGCGCCUGGCGCAGAUCUCGCACGACAUCCGCCAGCGCAACAAGUGCCUCCCGGUCCCCUACUACUACCUGGACCCGGUGCUGAUCGAGAACAGCGUUUCCAUCUAGGGCGCACUUCCCGCCUCUCCUACCCCGGC